UUACUUUUUUUUUGAAGACGCCAAUUGUCCUGGUCCAGAAAUAAAAAGCCAUUUUGGGGUGGUAAAAACAAGGUAUUUUGUUAGUUUUUUAGGGCGUUCUUGAGGUAAUUUUCCAUUAUUUUGGGAGAUUUUAACGGUUUUUUCGUGUGCCCAAUUUUUGGUGGUCUACACAUAUUUGGGAACUUUUGGGGUGGAUAAAAAUUAAUGAUUUUUGAGAGGUUUUGGGCCCUUUUCGGUUGUUUGCUUUUGGGCAAACAGCUAAAUUUGUAAGAUUUUGCCUUGUUUUUUAAGACGCCAAAUGUCCUGGCCCAGAAGUAACAUUUUACAACCUACUGUAAAAGCUAAUGUCUGUAAUAAAAAGCCUUUAUUGUGUCGUGGUCUGACGUCGAUUGGCACAAAAACCGUGCAAAUGGUUGUAAUUUGCGAGCAUUUAGCGUGCACCAGACUGUACUAUUAAGUGACAUCGAUUAUGCCACAGACUUUACUUUUUCCCCUGGGAAAAUUGUAAUUUGGCCGCUUAAUAAUAACAGGGCGAGAAAAACGUGACCAAACAUCGAGACGUAAUCACAUAUUAUAAUUUAUUUAUUUUUUAUGAAAUACAACGUAAAAACAUGUUACCAGUUCCGGGAUUAGAUAAUAUUUUUGAACAGAAAAAUCUCAUUGGCCUUGAAUUUGGUCACUUUGACUUGAUGAGAUCGUUUUUGUCUUCAACACUACCAGAAGUUUCCAAAAUUUUAAGCAAUUAAUCAAUAAUGAUUGAGUCGUCUUUAAAAUUAACAUCAAAACAAAUUAUUUUGGUCAUAAAUAAUCGGCUUGUAAACAAAAUGAUUUUUCGUCGAAUUCACACCAGGAUUAAGUAAUUAAAAAUUAACAAAAUGAGUCAUCGGAAAAUUCAGCCUUUUAGCACUCGAUGGGUAAUGAUUCUUGGAUCAUCCGUGACCCGAUAGGUCAAGUGUCACGAGCCGCCAAAUUCUCCGUAAUGGGUAACUCAUUUUUUUGUAACCGAUGUGAUACUGAUAAAUUUAACUUGUCCCGGGCUUGUGUCGACCAAUUCCUUAAUGACGACCCCGACAAUAAAUUAUCGUUUGAAGAGCGUUGGAUGGCGAAAUUAAAGUGUCUGGACGAUGUCCACAGCAAGCAGAAUGGCUUAACUGAAGAGGCAUUCAAUGAAAUGGUGGACAAAUUGGAAAAGAAACUCCAGUCGAAAAAUUUACCCGUUUAUUGCAGGAAUCGGGAAUUAAUCGUGAUAUUUUGCCUUUUGGGCCAAAACUUGUGCGAAGAAAUCAGAUUAUUAGAUUUGGAACCAACGGACGCACAACAAUAUAUCGAUAAACAAGACACAAGUCUAAAAUACGCGCCAAAAAUUGAUUCAAAUGUACCCGCUGUGAGGUAUUUGGGAAAUGAGCCACAUAACGUCGUGGAGGAUAUUUAUUUGGCCAAUCAAUAUCACGGCCAGGACGGCCUAGGCGGUUAUCUUUAUGGCUACUCAGUACCUGAUAUUGCAAAAACUGAAAAGAAAAAAGCUGGCGGCGACUUGCGAGGGGCCUAUAACUACAUCGCAGGAAAUGGACAAGAAAUUAAAGUGGAGUAUUGGGAUGAUGGUUCAGGCUUCCACCAAAUCGAUAACGUCCCGAAAGUUCUUCCACAACAAAUUGACGAUACUCCCGAGGUCAAAGCCGCAAAGGAAGAACAUCAAAGACUUUGGAACGAACAAGCUGAACGAAAUUCACGACCGGUUGCGAGUCCGUAUGACAGUCAUGGAAAUUAUGCUGAAGGACCGUUGUCACCUCAAGGUCAGAAAUUACGACAGCAACAAUUCCAACAACAACAAUAUCAACGACCCUCACAAGGGCAAGCACAACAACUCGUGAAUCAGUACCAACAACAAAGGCAACAGUAUCCAAAUCCGGGCCAAAAUGUUCAUUAUCAAGGGGGCCAAUACCAGCCGGAGCAAACCCAAAAUGUCAAUAAGUAUCAACAGCCCAGUGGACAAUCUACAAGUCUCGCGGGAAGCGCUGGACAACUUGGAGGUUUUGGACAAUCAGGAAGUCAUUCCGGAAGUGUUGGACAGUCUGGAUUUUCUGGUAGUCACUCUGGACAGUCAGGAAUAAGUGGACAGUUUCCUGGAAGCUCAGGGCAAUUGGGAAGUGGACAAUUCUCUGGAAGUUCGGGAAGUGGAGCUCAAUUGGGACUUGGACAAUUUUCUGGUAGUCACUCUGGAAGUGCUGGACAGUCUGGAAUUUCAGGACAAUAUGGAAGUGGGGGACAAUCGGGACUUGGCCAAUUUUCUGGUAGUCACUCUGGAAGCGCUGGACAGUCUGAAAUUUCAGGACAAUAUGGAAGUGGGCACUCUGGAAGCAGCAGUGGACAAUUUUCUGGAAGUGCUGGACAGUCUGGAGUUGGCCAAUUUUCUGGUAGUCACUCUGGAAGCCCAGGACAAUUCUCUGGAAGUUCGGGACAAUUUUCAGGAGCUGGACAAUCUGGUCUUGGUCAGUUUUCUGGUAGUCACUCUGGAAGCACUGGACAGGUAGGAAGUGGACAGUUUGCUGGAAGUUCAGGACAAUAUGGAAGUGGACACAUUAGAAGCAGUGGACAAUUUUCUGGAAGCUCUGGAGGCGGGCAUUCUGGAAGCGGUGGACAAUAUGGUGGAGGCCAGUACAGCGCGUCCAGCAGUCAGUAUUCCAGCCAAACAUCGGAGGGACAAUGGUCUGGCGAAGGUGAAGCUGAUGGCAAAUACAACGAGGAGGAGGAAGAAAAAGGUCCUCCGAAAGGAUUCUUUUAUAGUUUCGACUAUCCUGUCGGAAUCAUAGUCAAAAAGGAUGGAGGACCAGUCCAGAAACGUGAAAGCGAACUGAAAGACAUUUACGCUAAGAAUAAAGCAAACUUUGAGAAGCAGCUCCAACAGGGACAUGCCAUUGGUUCUAGGAGCGCCACUGGAUAUUUGGUUGUUUAAUUUUAGAAAGACUAGACUUAGACUUUUUACUAUUUAUUUAUAAAUUGUUUGGAUUUA